UCGGUGGAAAUCAAACACAAAAAGAGUAAACACACAGCUGAAGAAGAAAGAGUGAGAGAAAGAAGCAAGGGUUUUACGAAACGAUGCCGUGUUUGAACCUCUCCACUAACGUGAGCCUGGACGGCGUAGAAACCUCCUCCAUCCUCUCCGAGGCCUCCUCCGCUGUUGCCAAGAUCAUCGGCAAACCCGAAGCUUAUGUGAUGAUUGUGCUGAAGGGAUCUGUGCCCAUGGCAUUUGGAGGGACGGAGGAGCCUGCUGCUUAUGGGGAGCUGGUCUCCAUUGGAGGUUUGACCUCCGAUGUGAACAAGAAACUGAGUGGUGCUAUUGCAAACGUACUCGAGACCAAGCUGUCUGUUCCAAAAUCACGAUUCUACCUCAAAUUCUAUGAUACCAAGGGCUCCAACUUUGGGUGGAAUGGUUCAACCUUCUAGGUUUCUAAUGUCUAAUGACCUAAUCAUAUCUAUCCUAUGAAUGUAUUCAGGGAAAUCACUCUGCUGCAUUAUUUGUGUUGUAUCUCCACUUUAAUUUAUGGAUCUUGGACGUAUUAUGUUGCUUAUGUGCAUCUUUUAUCAUGAAUUUUCGGUGAACUUGCAU